AUUUUAAUAUAUAGAUCAACAGCGCUGAUAGCUUCUACUGAAUCAAUUCCCCCUUCAACUCCUCUUUCAAUCCUACCUCCAAUCAAAUUACACCACAAAUCAAUUCAUACCAAUCAAUUCAAUUCCAUCAACUGUCACUAUGGCUGCCAUGGGCGCACGUUCAAUCCCAAUACUUGAUCCAGAAUGGGUGAAGCUCGUUGAGCCAACCUUACCGGAAGCACAUCGUCAUACUGCCAUUUCUAUCGAUGCCGCUCGGAGAGGUAUGGCAGAGCUUGAUGCCGCUAAAGUUCUAGCACUUGAUAAAGAAAUGCCUGAAUUAAAGAAGGGUUUGGAGAUUAGCAACAUAAUGGUUGCAAUGAGAGACGGGGAGGACUUGGAGAUGAGAAUAUUCAAGCCUGAAAACGGAGAGUCUCUGCCUGUAUAUCUAGGCUAUCACGGCGGCGGCUGGUCUGCAGGAAGCAAUGACUCUGAGGAGCUCCUCAAUCGCAAUGUAUCGAAGACUCUAAAAGUCAUUGUGUUCUCUCUUGCUUAUCGUCUUGCUCCCGAACAUCCUUUCCCGGUGCCAUUUAAUGAUGCUGAGGAUGGACUCAAAUGGGUCUAUGAAAACGCGUCCAGAUUCGGCGGAGAUGUAAAGAAGGGCUUCGUAUGCGGAGGUACUUCAUCCGGCGGCCACCUAGCCGCGUUGGCAACUUUUCGGGCUCAGGAACAUGGCAUUCCCGUGUCGGGUUGUUUUUCUAGAGCACCGAUGGUCCUGAACCGUUCUGUAGCUAAGGAGAGCUGGAAAGAAACUCUUGACAUCCUUCCUAAAGAUGUUUAUACGCCUCUCUUGAAUUGGGAAACUUGUGAACGUUUCUAUGAAUACAUGUCAAUUCCUCUUGAAGAGCUAACCAACCCCGCGAAUUUUCCCAUAUUUGCUAAUUCUUUCGAGAAAUUUCCAAGGACCUAUAUGCAAGUUCCCGGCAUUGAUCCAUUAUCCGGCGAAGGGGUGCUGUACGAAAAGGUACUGAGGGAAAAUGGUGUGGAGACGAAAAUCGACCUCUACCCGAAUAUGCCACACCCAUUUCAUAACUUCCCGCAGCUUACAACGGCACGGAAGUCCAUUGCAGAUGCAAUGACUGGACUGAGAUGGUUGUUUCGAUUCUGAAGAAUUAACCCCGAGCCUGAUGCAGACCUAGCAUGUUUACGCAUGCCACGAACCGUUAUUAAGGAAGGGCGAUCGAGGGAGGAUAAUUCAACGACGGAACUGAAGGAAGCUUGGUCUGAAC